AUGAUGCCAACAUAUGCCCGUAAUGAAUUGUACGAUCUAAUGGAUAGAUUACAAGAUCAUUGUCUUUACCAUGAUACAGACUCUGUUAUCUUUGUCAGCAUGCCCGGAGAUUGGAAUCCACCAUUUGGUGAUUAUCUAGGUGUGCUGACUAGAGAACUGCUGCCAGGGACACAUAUAACCAAAUUUGUCUCAUCAGGCCCCCAAUCAUAUGGCUAUCGCCUAAACAAUGGGAAGACCAGUUUAAAAGUUAAAGGUAUAACACUCAAUGUUGAUAAAGCACAACAUGUUAACUUUGACAGUCUGGAAGACCUGAUAUUAGAUUAUCCUUUAAAACCCGAAGGUGAAGAUCAGAAAAAAAUUGUGACCUGCCAACCCUGUAUAGUCUGGUUUAAAAAGUACUGGCAGAUUGAGAGGCACACGCUGCAGAAAAUGCAAAAGUGUGUAUACACUAAAUGGAAACUUACAGAUAACUUCACAACACUUCUGUUUGGGAUUAAUUUAACUGUUGUUGAUGUACUGAUGGAAUUGGCUAUUAAUAAUUCUGAGAUUGAGGAAGUGUUCACAAAAUAUGUACAACAUAGAAAUCUCGGUAUCAUGUAUCUUGUACAAAAUGUAUUCUGCCAAGUCAUUCAUCAUAGGCCUAUCAACUGUGAACAUGUCAGCCUGGUUACGCCAUUAUUGGACACUUUUAAAGAUGCCAAUAUAGACAAAACCAAACCAAAGAAACCUGUUCCUCUGUAUUACAAAUAUCUUCUAACUUUCAUUUUCGUCAUUGAGGAAAUUAACAAAGAUCAGACAAUAUUACCCAAUGUUACUCUGGGAUAUCACGUAUAUGAUUCUUGUACACAAUCCAAGAAAGCUGUAAAGAGUGUCCUCCAGAUUUUAUCAGGAUCAGGAAAGACAAUUCCAAACUAUUCCUGUAUGGGACAUAGAAUGUUAUCUGGUUUUAUUGGAGGACAAGGUUCCCUAACGACAUUGCCCAUGGCACAGAUAUUGGCAUUAUAUGGAUACACACAGAUCAGCUAUGGAGCAACCAGUUAUCUUCUCAGUGACCGCAACCUCUAUCCAACAUUCUACCGCACUGUACAAGGGGACCAGGCCAGUUAUUCUGUGCUAUCAAGUCUGAUCAAGUUCUUUGGCUGGACAUGGGUUGGAGUUUUGGCUUCUGAUGAUGACAGUGGUAAUGAAGAAAUUGAACUUCUGACGGAAUAUCUGACUUCCAGAAGUAUCUGUGUUGCCUACACAAUAAGAAUAAAGUAUUAUAAAUUAGAUGUAUUAUAUGAUAUGAAUAAGAAGAGAGCUGAUAUUAUCAGAAAGUCAUCUGCCCAGGUUAUAAUACUCUGUGGGACAUAUUCUUCAUUUUUAGCUGAUUUUUUAAAAGAUAUGAGAAAAGUCAUCAAUGAUAAGACUCUAGUAUUUGGUCCGACAUUUGCCUUAAUAACAUUUCUACUGGAACAUUACAAUGAUGUAUUUAAUGGAAGUUUGGCCAUUGAACCUUCAUCUCUCCCAAUGCUGGAUAUGAGAAGUUUCUAUGACAGUUUCCAGACCAUAAAUCACCCCGAGGACAAGUUACUAGAACAUAUAUGGUUAAUAUGGGAGAAUUGUUUGUCAAGUGAUAGAAAAAGUAAUAAAUUAUAUAGUGAACUAUAUAAGAAAUCACUGCACAACUGUCCUGGGAAGAGAAAUAUAACAGAGUUUGCUAGUUUUCACAGCCCAGGUCUGACUGAUCGAGUAUAUAAAGCAGUUUAUUCCAUGGCCCACGCUUUACAUAAUAUGCACAUGUACCUAGGUGAAAGGUCUCCCAAAAACAUCCCUCCUUCUUAUGGCUAUAGACAUCAGCUACAUCGUUAUUUGCAGAAUGAGAGACGUGUGGAUGGGGAGCCAGUAUUUAAUAACAAUGGAGAUUUUGCUACCCCGUAUAAAAUUGUAAAUUGGCAAGUUUCCAAGCAGGACAGAUUGGUAGUACAUGUUGGCCGUACAAUGAAAGAGGAUGGAAAUUAUCAGAACUUUUCUAUUCAGCUGGAAAACAUUGUGUGGAAAAAUAACAUCAAUGAGGUCAAUGGUAUAAGUCUUGACCAUCUCAUAGUCAUCGGGAGUGAUGGCACAAAUGUCUACACAGAACACUUUGGAGGUGUUAUCGCCAUUACUGAUUGUCGCUUGGGGAAGAACCUUCAAAGGCAAAUAUGUCUUCUCCAUAUCAACAAAUUACCACUGCGUCAUCUCUUCAGAUUUUUAUGCUCUUGGAUGACCUCAAACACAUCAGGGCAUUGGCAGUUGAAAGACUCAUUCAAGGUAGAGCUACCCAUGAUGAAAAGAAGAUUUGACAGUUUUCAAAUUCCAGAGCUGAAUUUUAAAGCUAAUGAUUAUGUUGAUGUGUUUGAUUGGAGCAAAAUAAGUUUGACCUCUCCUCUAAUUCUAAAAAAAUUGUCAGAUGAGAAACUAAAGGUGCCAUCUACUGAGCCCACAAGAUUUCAGUCUUCAGACCUGUGGAUGUUCCCUUCCCACACUCAGGCUGUUGAGAGGUCCGUCAAACUGAUCCCAAAGUCUCAGUGCUCAGAGAACUGUAAGCCGGGGACCAUGAAAGUGCUGAUGUCUGAUCUAUAUUCCUGCUGUUAUUACUGUGUCCAGUGCUCUGCGGGAAAAAUAUCCAAUGUGACAGACAGUGAAAAUUGCCUGAAGUGUGCUGACCAUGAGUGGCCCAAUGAGAAAAAGACUCAGUGUGUUCCCAAAGUGCUGGAAUUUCUGUCCUACACAAAUGAUACAAUAGUUGUUUUAAUCUUAAUAACAACUUUUGUGCUUUUUUCUUUAACUUUUCUGAUACUUAAAAUAUUUAUUUUGUACCGAGACACACCUCUGGUGAAAGCCAACAACAACAAUCUGAGCUUCCUGCUCCUGGUCUCCAUCAUGCUGAGCAUUCUCUCUGUGUUCCUGUUCCUCGGACGUCCUGUAGAUGCCACCUGUAUGUUGCGUCAGAUCUCUUUUGGAAUCCUCUUUUCAGGAGCCAUAUCUUGUGUCUUAGGCAAAACUAUCAUGGUUUAUAUUGUUUUUAAAGCCAAUAAACCCGGAAGUUCAUGGAAAAGCUGGAUCAACACGAAGCUGUCAAAUUGUGUUGUAAUGUUGUGCUCAUCCAUCCAAGUGGUAAUCUGUAUGAGUUGGGUGACUAUCUCUUCACCUUUCCAGGAGCUGGACACUCAUUCUUAUAAGGGAAAGAUCAUUGUUCAGUGUAAUGAAGGUUCUCUUAUUGGGUUUUAUUCUGUCCUGGGUUAUAUGGGAAUCCUGGCAGCUAUUAGCUUUAUUACAGCUUUCUUGGCCAGGACAUUACCGGACAGUUUUAAUGAGGCCAAAUACAUCACCUUCAGUAUGCUGGUGUUCUGCAGUGUCUGGAUCACCAUGAUCCCGGCCUAUCUCAGCUCCAAAGGGAAAUACAUGGUGGCUGUGGAGAUCUUUGCAAUACUAGCUUCAUGUGCUGGACUUUUAUGUUGUAUAUUUUUCCCAAAAUGUUACAUUAUCCUAUGGAGGCCGGAACUAAACACAAGAAAACAUCUACUUGAGAAAGGAAAUGAUCGUGUCAAUCAUAAAUAA